AUGCAAUUAGUAUUAGCAGCUAAAUAUAUUGGAGCAGGUAUCUCAACAAUUGGAUUAUUAGGAGCAGGUAUUGGUAUUGCUAUCGUAUUCUCAGCAUUAAUCCAAGGUGUUUCAAGAAACCCUUCAUUAAAAGAUACAUUAUUCCCAUUCGCUAUUUUAGGAGCUUUAUCAGAAGCUACAGGUUUAUUCUGUUUAAUGAUUUCAUUCUUAUUAUUAUACGCUGUAUAA